AUGCGCAGGACGGCGCGGCCGGGGCCGCCGGGCCGGGGCCGCCUCCCGUGGACCCGCGGCCUGAGGGCCCCGCCGCCGCCGCUCCUGCUCCUGCUCGCGCUGCUGCCGCUGCUGCUCGCACCAGGCGCCGCCGCCGCCCCUGCCCCGAGGCCGCCGGCGCUGCCUCCCGCGUCCGCCGGGCCCAGCGUAAGCCUCUACCUGAGCGAGGAUGAGGUGCGCCGGCUUAUCGGUCUUGAUGCAGAACUUUAUUAUGUGAGAAAUGAUCUUAUUAGUCACUACGCCCUAUCCUUUAACCUGUUAGUACCCAGCGAGACAAAUUUCCUGCACUUCACUUGGCAUGCAAAGUCCAAGGUUGAAUAUAAGCUGGGAUUCCAAGUAGACAAUUUUGUGGCUAUGGACAUGCCCCAGGUCAACAUUUCUGCUCAGGGGGAAGUUCCACGCACUUUAUCAGUGUUUCGGGUCGAGCUUUCCUGUACUGGCAAAGUAGAUUCUGAGGUUAUGAUACUAAUGCAGCUCAACUUGACAGUAAAUUCUUCAAAAAACUUUACAGUCUUAAAUUUUAAACGAAGGAAAAUGUGCUACAAAAAACUUGAAGAAGUAAAAACUUCAUCCUUGGACAAAAACACUAGCAGAACUAUUUAUGAUCCUGUACAUGCAGCUCCAACCACUUCUACACGUGUAUUUUAUAUCAGCGUAGGGGUUUGCUGUGCAGUAAUAUUUCUUGUAGCAAUAAUAUUAGCUGUUUUGCACCUUCAUAGUAUGAAAAGGAUUGAACUGGAUGACAGCAUCAGUGCCAGCAGUAGUUCCCAAGGGCUGUCUCAGCCAUCUACCCAGACGACUCAGUAUCUGAGAGCCGACACACCCAACAAUGCAACUCCUAUCACCAGCUCCUCAGGUUAUCCUACCUUGCGGAUAGAGAAGAAUGACCUGAGAAGUGUCACUCUUUUGGAGGCCAAAGCUAAGGUGAAGGAUAUCGCAAUAUCCAGGGAGAGGAUAACUCUAAAAGAUGUACUCCAAGAAGGUACUUUUGGGCGUAUUUUCCAUGGGAUUUUAGUAGAUGAAAAAGAUCCAAAUAAGGAAAAACAAGCAUUUGUAAAAACAGUUAAAGAUCAAGCUUCUGAAAUUCAGGUGACAAUGAUGCUCACUGAAAGUUGUAAGCUACGAGGUCUUCAUCACAGAAAUCUUCUUCCUAUUACCCAUGUCUGUAUAGAAGAAGGAGAAAAGCCCAUGGUGAUAUUGCCUUACAUGAAUUGGGGGAAUCUUAAAUUGUUUUUACGGCAGUGCAAAUUAGUAGAGGCCAAUAAUCCACAGGCAAUUUCUCAACAAGACCUGGUCCACAUGGCUAUUCAGGUUGCCUGUGGAAUGAGCUAUCUGGCCAGAAGGGAAGUCAUCCACAAAGACCUGGCUGCUAGGAACUGUGUCAUUGAUGACACACUUCAAGUUAAGAUCACAGACAAUGCCCUCUCCAGAGACUUGUUCCCUAUGGACUAUCAUUGUCUGGGAGACAACGAAAACAGGCCGGUUCGGUGGAUGGCUCUUGAAAGUCUGGUUAAUAACGAAUUCUCCAGUGCUAGUGAUGUGUGGGCCUUUGGAGUGACGCUGUGGGAGCUCAUGACUCUGGGCCAAACACCCUAUGUGGACAUCGACCCGUUUGAGAUGGCCGCGUACCUGAAAGACGGUUACCGAAUAGCCCAGCCGAUCAACUGUCCUGAUGAACUAUUUGCUGUGAUGGCUUGUUGCUGGGCCUUAGAUCCGGAGGAGAGACCCAAGUUCCAGCAGCUGGUCCAGUGUCUCACAGAGUUCCAUGCAGCCCUGGGGGCCUACGUCUGACUCCUCUCACAGUCCCCCAGCGUCAGGAGGAAGGAGCCUGCCAGGGCUCACUUGCAGCCGGUCACGGAUGCCGCAUACGCCACGCAACGCCGCAGAAGCACAUUUGUCUUCCAGAGCACCGUGCCUUAGGAAUGCUUUAGAAUCGGAACUAUCUAAGGCAGACUUAAUGAUGUCAAAUAUUUUCUAGAUAUCACUUUCAUUAGGUUGAACUGAAAAUGUUUUUGUAAAUUUUUUGGCCAAAAAUUUUUUUAAACAUAGUUAACUUUGGACUAGGGGUACAUUCUUACAAAAUAAAUAAACAGUUUUUAAAAUUGUUUAAACACAGGUAUUUGGAAUAGCUACCUUAGUGCAACUGCUUUUUAUUUUUUUUACUUCAUCAAGGUAAUGUAGGUGAUUCACCUUUAAAGUUUUUUGUUUGUUUGUUUUAAUAUUUAUCACUAGUCUUGGGAAUGGUUUGUCUUCAAGAUGCAGUACUUUUUCUUAGGAAAAGAAAAACAGAAAAAGAUGUCGGUUUGCCUUGUACAGGAAAAGGCAAUAUUGGAGGAGGGACACUGAAAGAAAAGCUAGAGGGGAAAAAAAGAGAAAAAUACUUAUUAGAAACUGCCCUUCCAUGGAGAAUUGUUCUUUAUUUUUUUAAUGAAAAGGAGUUCUCCUUUCUUAUUUUGGGGGAAGUAGGAGCUGAGUUCAUUGAAACAUCUUAAUUUUGGCAGAACCUAGCAUUUCUGUGAGCCAGAAGUGGGUUUGGGACAGGUCAGUAGUGAACAGUGGCGAUCUUAUUUAUUUUUACUCUCUGGAAAAGGAGAUAACACAAUUCCAGAAAGUGAAAUCUUGUUUCUAAGGUUAGGAAUUCUUUUUAUUGCACCUAGAAUAGUGCCAUGCACAGAAUGGGUGCUUGAGUUGUUUUGAGUAAAAAAAUGUAAACAGGUAGAUUUUGUACCUAUCUUCAAGGCUGGCUUAAGUAUAAAAUGGUUUUUUAAAAACACCUGAGAAAUUAAAGGAUUUGUUUUAUAUUAUGACAGUAUUGAAAAUAUUGUUCAUAAUGAAUGAUUGGUUGUGUCUGGUAAGUCUUUGAACACACAACAGCUAGAUAGCCCUGUUUCAUUUCAUGGGUGUCUCACUCAGACUCCCAAGCCCUAACACGAGUGCAGCUGACUCUGCUCAGCCUCCAGGUUCUAAUAAAAAGUUGAGAUUAUUAUUACAAGGAAGUAUUACAGCACUGAAACUUUUCUCCAGAGCCGUUAAAUUCAGGGUAUGUAUAUAUUUAUACUUGGCUAGAGUUGGCCUAAGGCAGAGUUGAAUGGACCUCUUAAAUAGCUAGGCGUGCAUGUGCCUGCCUCUGCUCCCAUUCUCACAGGUACAUAGGAGAGAAUGCGUAGCAGUUGGAGGCUUUUGCUGUUCUUAAAGGAGCUUUAUGAAUCAGCAGCACAUCUGGGAAAAUAGCUCACAUGAUACGUGCUCUGUCACAAGCAGGCCAAGAGCAUGAUCUUUCUGUAUGCCAUUUAUUAACACUGGUUCUUUGGUUUUAUGAAAUACUCAGCCCCCUAAGGGGCCAGCUUUUUCAAAGCUCUUUGAACUUUGUAAGUUAGAGAAGUUUUGGUUGACAACCUGCAAUCUUAGAAGGCAUUCAGUCAACAAAUAUUUAUUUAUAGCGUUUAUUAUGUAUUAUUAUGCACAUGAAGUGAGUGGUUCCGCUCUAGCAUCCCUUCCAACAUUCAGUGCAUUUUUUUAAUAUGUUCAGGUUAGUGCAUUUUUUAUAUAUCACAGUUCUGUGCACAAGAUCGGUUCAAAGAAAAAAGUGCUGUCAUUGACUUCUGUCCCAAAUUACCAUGUAGUAAGAGGUGCUCUCAGUUUGCUUGGAUGUGUGGUGCCUUUAACCAUAUCUCUGUUUGUAAGCUGUUUUAUUUUAUGUAUGUAUAUUUGUUUUAGAGGUGGUUUAAGACUUUAAAUAGAUUUUUCUUGCAGAACUACUUGGAGUCACUGACUUCAGUGAAAAGAGCAGUUACGAGAUUUCCAUGGCUGGGCUUUUUCCAGUGGUUUGUGAAUAUUACUGAAUAGAUUUUGUAGAAAAUGUAAUUUUUAUAGUAAAGAAGCAAAUUAGCAAAGCACUGAUGUGGUAUAAGCUGGCCCUAGUGACCAAGAGCUCUAUUAUAUUCUCUCCUUUCUCGUAACACCCCCAUUGUAAGAAAAUUUUAUUUAUAGAAGUAAGGAGGAUUGGGUUAUUCAUUCAUUAUGUAUUUAUUGAGCGCCAACUGUAUAUCUGGCCUUCAAGGUAUGCAGGGAACAAGACAUAAUGUUCCUCCCUUUCUAGGUCUCACAUUCUGGUUAGAAGAAGCAGAUAAUGAACAUAAGUAAGAUUUUGGUAAGUGCUAUAAAAAAAAAGUACAGAGUGGUAUCAGAGAAUAACUUUACAUGUCUUUAGUCAGGCUUCUCUGAGCAGGUGGCAUUUGAGCUGAGAUCUGAGUAACAAAAAGCCACCUAUGAGAAAAUCCAGGCAGAAGGGACAUAAUUGCAGAAGCAUUAAAGCAGGAAUGAGCUGGCCUCCAGUGUCAGCCCUUCCUGUUCAUCCUCCAGCUGCUGCCACUGGAAGAAGAGAACAGAGGCCAAUGUGGCUAGAAUGUAGUUAGGGAAGAGGUCUGGGAGAUGUAGGAACAGACAUUGGAGCAGGGUUGGGGGUGGUUGUAAGCCAUGGGACACAUUUAUAUUCUAAGUACAGUGGGAUUUCAUUCAAGGAGUUCUAAAAAUUUUUUUAAUUUAAUUUUAUUUUUUAACAUCUUUAUUGGAGUAUAAUUGCUUUACAAUGGUGUAUUAGUUUCUUAGUUACAAUGGUUAGUUUCUUAGUUACAAUGGUGUGUUAGAAUCAGUUAUACAUAUACAUAUAUCCCCAUAUCUCCUCCCUCUUGUGUCUCCCUCCCACCCUCCCUAUCCCACCCCUCUAGGUGGACACAAAGCACCGAGCUGAUCUCCUUGUGCUAUGCGGCUGUCAAGGAGUUUUUAAAUAAGGGAGUGACGUGAUCUGAUUUGCAAUUUACAGAUUAUGCCAACAUUUUUGUGAAGAUUAGACUGUAGGGAGGCAAGGGUGGAGGCAAUGAGACUAUAAGAAACUGUUGCAUAGUUUAGGAGAGCAAAGAUAGUGUUUUUGGACUAAUCAGAGUAGUGCAGGAGAUUGGGAGGGGCAGAUUGGACCUGGAUCCAUUGGAUGUUGGAGGGUGGGGUGGAGAAGGAAAGAGAGUGAUCAGGAAUAACUAGUUGGUUUGGAGCUUGAACAUAUAGUCUGGCUGUAUGGCCAAACUAUAUACUGAGAUGGAAAAAAAAAAAACUAGGAGGAACAGGAUUUUGCUUUAGCAGGGGGAAUUAGUAAUUUGUUGUAAGCCAUGUUCGAGAUGCCAAUUGGUCAUCUAAGUGGAGAUUUUGAGUAGAUAGAUGAGAACCUGCAGCUCAGGGAGGAGGUCUCAUUGAACAUAUAAAUGUAGGAGUGUAACAUACAGACCAUAUUUAAAGCCAUGAUAUUGGAUGAACUUGCUUCGGGAGCCAGUGUAGAUGGAGAGGAGGUCUUGGGACGGGGUCCUGGUAACUCCAACUUUUAAUGAUCUAGUGAAGGAAGAAUAAAUAACAGAAAAAGAGAAGAAACCACUACAGUUGGAAAAAACAACAAUAAAAAAACAGGAAAAAAGGAAAGAAAGCAUUUCAAAGUGGAAGAAGAAGCCUGUAUGGGAUUUGGCAUUAUGCAAUUAUUGACAGAAGCAGUAGGGAUUGGAGCAAGUGGAAGUGUAAAUACUAGGUGGGACAGUAGAGACCCUACUUGAAAGUUUUGCUGUGAAGGGAAAUGGAACAGAACUAGAGGAGAUCAAAGAAGUAUUGGGGUGGGGGGUUGUGGGGGCAGGCACGGGACAUGUUUGUUUUCCAGGAAAUGUUUCACUGGUGAUGGGAAUGAGCGAGCAGAGGGAGAAAAAUCCCUUUGGGUGUGGAAUACUCUUCGUUCUUGUCAUUUGAUCUGCAAGCAUGAAAGCCUCUCCGCUCUAGCCACCAGCCUCUCGUUUUGGUAAAGGUUAUGUUUUUAUUGGGGGAAAAUGCGAGGGUGAAGGGAGGUGGUACACAGAACUUUAAACGUUUCCAUUAUAUGAAAACCUGCCUUUGUUGAGGUUGCUUCCUUAGGACCUGAGACCUGCCAUGGUCUUGCUUACCAUCAUCAUCUUUUGGCCUCUUGCCCUGAAACUGCUGGACUGGCCUUGGUCUGUAUCCCACCUAACCAGCCUCUGCCAGAGUAAUGCUUCCUAAAACUGAGCUGUCCCUGCUCAGAACCGUUCAGCCCCUUACCAGAGCCUGCAGAGUGGAGUUCAGAGCACCUAGGUGUACACAGCCUCCACUCAUCUCUGCUGUGUCCCCUCCUGCUUCACCAGCUUACCACUUUCCUGCCUGAGCGUGGUGCUAUUUCAUGUGUCCUUUCCUAUCCCUGUGCCACACUCUACUCCAGACUGCCCAGUGCCCAAGAGACUCCCCUGACACCUCACCCCGCUCCUCCAGGCUCUGCCAUAGUUGCUUUUCAGCCUUGUUCCCUGGGUUUACAUUCUGGCAAAGCUAAGAUGGGGGCUUAUUUUUACCACUUGGCUGUUUAUAUUUCUUGAGGAUAGGAACUUGUGUUUCACUCAGGUUGAAUCUCCACUGCCUACUUAGUGCUUGACAUAUUUUAGGGCUGAAUAUUUAGUGAAUUGGUAAGUAAAAACACCUAAAUUUGCACAUGAGAGCAGUUAGGCUUUAAAAAAAAUGGUAACUGUAAAACAUCUCAUUUAAAGUACUGUGUUCUAUUAUAAUGUGGUAUUUAUAUUCAAAUUUAAAGGGUUUAAGUUUUAUGUAAUAUAAACCAAUAAAGCAUGAAAUAAAAGGAGACAGAUUGGUAGGGAAGACCAUAUCCCACCCCAUUGCUGGCUUAAGCAACCCCCAGCCCCACCCCCAGCCACCUUUUCAUUGAUACUUCAUUUUCCCUUCUUUCUUUGGUCGCAGAAACAAUUAGCCUGAUUGCAAAUUCUGUUUCAUACUUCUGUAAGGUCAACUUUAUUUGGAGUUGUACAUGAAAUAAUCAUCUCAAAUGAAGUAAUUCAUUGACUUGAGUGGAAGAUUCUUUUCCAGGUGUUACUCUCCCAUGCCCUGCACCCCCACCCAUACGAUAAAAAGGAGGUGAUAUAAUUUAUGGGGCUAGAAAAGAAAAACAUAAACAGUUGCUUGUUAAUAAUUUUUGUUUCUACGUUCAUUUUUGCCCUUAAUAGUUCAGAAUAACAUUGAACUUAAUCCUCUGGGACACAUGAACAUCAUGCAUAAGUGUACUGAGAACAUACAUUUUAUAUAUAAGUAAACUGAAACUCUGGGCCUUUGUUUUCUC